AUGAUAUUUCUGAUGAUAUUUAUGAGCCGAAGGAUUUAUGAGCCCGUUCCCUUUCCGGGGGAAUUAACUGCCCCUCCCGGUAACGGCCCAAAGGGGCAGUUUCUCACCUCUCAUUUGCCCUGUCACACUAAAUCCUUCCCUGGUAAAAGCUCAGGGUACUGGGCCAGGAGCAGAACACGGCAACAGAACCCACACCCUCCACCAGCCCCCACCAGCCUCCACCAGCCUCCACCACCCUCCACCAGCCUCCACCACCCUCCACCAGCCCCCACCAGCCUCCACCAGCCUCCACCACCCUCCACCAGCCCUCACCAGCCUCCACCAGCCCCCACCAGCCUCCACCAGCCUCCACCACCCUCCACCAGCCCCCACCAGCCUCCACCAGCCUCCACCACCCUCCACCAGCCCUCACCAGCCUCCACCAGCCCCCACCAGCCUCCACCAGCCCUCACCAGCCUCCACCAGCCCCCACCAGCCUCCACCAGCCCCCACCACCCUCCACCAGCCAGCCCCCACCAGCCUCCACCAGCCUCCAUCAGCCUUACAUUAGCCCCCACCAGCCCCCAUCAGCCCCCACCAGCCCCCACCAGCCCCCACCAGCCUCCAUCAGCCCCCACCAGCCUCCACCAGCCUCCACCAGCCCCCACCAGCCUCCAUCAGCCCCCACCAGCCCUCACCAGCCUCCACCAGCCUCCAUCAGCCUCCAUCAGCCCCCACCAGCCCUCACCAGCCUCCAUCAGCCCCCACCAGCCUCCAUCAGCCCCCACCAGCCUCCACCAGCCUCCAUCAGCCUCCAUCAGCCCCCACCAGCCCUCACCAGCCCUCACCAGCCCUCACCAGCCUCCAUCAGCCCCCACCAGCCUCCAUCAGCCCCCACCAGCCUCCACCAGCCUCCACCAGCCCCCACCAGCCCCCACCAGCCUCCAUCAGCCCCCACCAGCCUCCACCACCCUCCACCAGCCCUCACCAGCCUCCACCAGCCCCCACCAGCCUCCACCAGCCUCCACCAGCCCCCACCAGCCCCCACCAGCCUCCACCAGCCUCCACCAGCCCUCACCAGCCUCCACCAGCCUCCAUCAGCCUCCAUCAGCCCCCACCAGCCCUCACCAGCCUCCAUCAGCCCCCACCAGCCUCCAUCAGCCCCCACCAGCCUCCACCAGCCUCCACCAGCCCCCACCAGCCCCCACCAGCCUCCACCAGCCCCCACCACCCUCCACCAGCCAGCCCCCACCAGCCCCCACCAGCCCCCACCAGCCCCCACCAGCCCCCACCAGCCUCCAUCAGCCCCCACCAGCCCUCACCAGCCUCCACCAGCCUCCAUCAGCCUCCAUCAGCCCCCACCAGCCUCCAUCAGCCUCCAUCAGCCCCCACCAGCCCCCACCAGCCCCCACCAGCCCCCACCAGCCCUCACCAGCCCCCACCAGCCUCCACCAGCCUUUAUCAGCCCCCACCAGCCCCCACCAGCCCCCACCAGCCCUCACCAGCCUCCACCAGCCCCCACCAGCCUCCACCAGCCUCCAUCAGCCUUACAUUAGCCCCCAUCAGCCCCCACCAGCCCUCACCAGCCCCCACCAGCCCCCACCAGCCUUACAUUAG